AAAGUGAAUUGUUGCCUGUCCAGAAAGCUUAGGGUUCCAUGGAAUGCUAGGCAUCUCCCGUACUUGGCUUGGGGUGGCAAAGAGCUUCUUUGGUCCCAAUUGCGGGCGUUUCGAUCACGUGCCAUAUUGUUUUACGACGCGACGCGUUCACGUUCGAAUCUCGACUUGCCCUUCAACCGCAUCUACCACCAUCAAACAUUAUUCCACCAUGAGUUCCUCGGAAGACGAGAACUUCAACCUGGACGUAUCCGAUUCCGACUCGGAUGGAUAUGCACCAGCGCCCAAGAAGAAAGCUGUACCAAAGGCAAAGGCUGCCCCAAAGAAAGCCCCUGCGAAACCGAAGGCCACUAAGAAAGUUCUCGCGGAGAAGGACGACAACGCAAGCGACCCUGAAGACGACGAUGAAAUUGCUUCAGAGGCAGGACCGAGCAGAGAGCAGGAACCCAGGAAGAAGAAGACUGCGACCGAGACGUACACGAAGCUCACGCAACUUGAGCAUAUUCUCAAACGUCCUGAUUCUUACAUUGGAAGUGUGGAAAUACACCAGCAGGCCAUGUGGGUUUGGGAUUCAGAGAACAACCGUAUGGUGAACCGGGAAAUCAAGUACGUUCCUGGUUUCUUCAAGAUCAUUGACGAAAUUCUCGUCAAUGCUGCCGAUAACAAGUCAACAAUUAUGGGGGCUUGGCACUGUGGCAUACAAUCUGAGAUAUGUCGUACGUGAAGCUAAAUUAAUUUGUUCGACAGAUUAACGACCCCAACAUGGACUCCCUCAAGAUUACUAUUGACGUUGAGAAUAACACCAUCUCAGUGUACAACAAUGGACGCGGUAUUCCCAUCGAGAUCCAUCAGAAGGAGAAGAUCUAUGUUCCUGAGCUUAUCUUCGGCCACCUUCUGUCCUCCUCAAAUUACGAUGACGACGAGAAGAAGCUGACUGGUGGUCGUAAUGGCUACGGUGCCAAACUUGCGAACAUCUAUUCUACCGAAUUCACCGUCGAGACUGCAGACAAAGAAGGGGGCCAGAAGUACGUCCAGACGUGGUCGGACAAUAUGAGCAAAUGCGGCAAGGCGAAAAUUACGAAGAACGGCAAGAAGGAGGAGUACACGAAAGUCACAUUCAAGCCUGACUUGAAGCGGUUCGGCAUGGACUCUAUCGAUGAAGACACCGUUUCACUGCUCAAGAAGCGCGUGUAUGAUCUGGCUGGAACGGUCAAAGACGUUAAGGUGUUCUUGAACAACGAACGGCUGAAGAUCAAGACCUUCAAACAAUAUGUGGAGCUCUACCUCAACUCAGCUGCCGAACAGGCGGCGAUUGAAUCUGGAGGUGCUGCCCAGCCGAAGCAGACCAUGAUCUACGAACAGAUUGGUACUCGUUGGGAAGUCGCUUUCGCCGUGUCGGACGGCACGUUCCAACACGUCUCGUUUGCGAACCACAUUGCUACGAUCAAGGGUGGUUCGCAUGUCACGCUCAUUGCGGACCAGAUAGCAAAAAACCUCAUCACGAACAUCCAGAAGAAGAACAAGGGUGCGGCAGUGAAGCCUGCCCAGAUCAAGAGCCACAUGUGGAUCUUCGUAAAUGCACUAAUCGAAAACCCCACGUUCGACUCGCAAACGAAGGAAACCCUUACUUUGCAGGCCGCCAAGUUCGGGACGAAGCCAGUGCUCUCUGAAGAUUUCCACAAGAAAGUCCAAAAGUCCUCUAUUGUCGAUGAGGUUCUGAACUGGGCGAAGAACAGGGCAGAGAAGGAACUGAAGAAGACUGACGGCAACCGUCGCAACCGUCUGAAAGGCUUGCCUAAGUUAUCCGACGCCAACAACGCUGGUUCAAGGAAGUCAGCCGACUGUACCCUUAUCUUGACGGAAGGAGAUUCCGCUAAGUCACUCGCAGUCGCUGGUCUCAGUGUCGUUGGUCGUGACAACUAUGGUGUCUUCCCUUUGCGUGGUAAACUGUUGAACGUCCGUGACGCGAAACACGACCAAAUCAUGAAGAAUGAGGAGAUCCAAAAUAUCAAGAAGAUUUUGGGCCUGCAGCAUAACAGGGACUACAAGGACGUCAGCGAUUUGCGCUAUGGCCAGAUCAUGAUUAUGACUGAUCAAGAUCACGAUGGCUCUCACAUCAAAGGUCUUAUUCUCAAUUACCUCGAUCACUUCUAUCCUUCUUUACUCAAGAUUCCGAAGUUUGUGGUGGAGUUCGUCACGCCUAUCGUUCGAGUGACAAAAGGGAACCAGAAGAUUAACUUCUUCACCAUUCCUGAGUACGAGCAAUGGCUAGAGAGUGUGCCAGAUGCACACAGAUGGAAAACGAAGUACUACAAGGGUUUGGGUACGUCUCAAGACAGCGAUGCACGCGACUAUUUCAGCCAAAUGAACAAGCAUAUGAUCGCGUUCUCCACUGUCAAGGAGGAGGAACGAGAUCUCAUUGAGCUGGCGUUCAGUAAGAAGAAAGCUGAUGAACGUAAGGAGUGGUUACGUCAACUGAAGCCUGGUACAUUCCUCGAUCAUAAUACGAGAGAGAUCACAAUUAAGGACUUCAUCAACCACGAACUCAUCCUGUUCUCUCAAGCUGAUAACAUUCGUUCUAUUCCCGCUGUUGCUGACGGUCUCAAACCUGGUCAACGUAAAGUUAUCUGGGGUUGUUUCAAACGUAAGCUGAAGAGCGAAAUCAAGGUCGCUCAGCUCGUGGGUUACAUCUCCGAGAAAUCCCAAUAUCAUCAUGGAGAGCAAAGUUUGAUGAUGACCAUUGUCAACCUCGCCCAGGACUACGUUGGUAGCAACAACGUCAACUUGCUCAUGCCGAAUGGACAAUUCGGUACUCGUGAUCAGGGCGGUAAGGAUCAUGCUUCGGCCAGGUAUAUCUUUACCGAACCUUCUCCGAUGGCUCGAGCUCUCUUCCACCCUGCGGACGACCCACUACUCAACACCCUGCAGGAAGACAACGUUGUAAUCGAACCCGAAUGGUACAUGCCUAUCAUACCUCUCGUCCUAGUGAAUGGAGCAGAUGGUAUCGGUACUGGCUGGAGCACUAACGUGCCCUGUUACAACCCUACCGACAUCGUGGACAACAUUCGCCGACUGAUGAAGGGUGAGGAACAGGUGCCUAUGUUACCUUGGUGGCGUGGUUUCAAGGGUAUCAUCAAGAAGACCGGCGAAUUCAAGUACGAUGUCACCGGUAUCGCGAGGAAGGUUGACGACACCACCGUCGAUAUUAUUGAAUUGCCGAUUCACAAAUGGACGUCAAAUUAUAAGGUCGAUUUGGAAGCUAUGAUGGGCGAGAAGGGAGACGGGCCAGUCAGGGAAUUCAAGGAGUACCAUGACAACAUGAAUGUCCACUACUCUGUCGUCAUGACUGAGGAAGGCAUGAAGAAGGCUGAGGAGCAAGGGCUGCUUGAAUACUUCAAGCUCACGACCAAGAUCAAUACGAGCAAUAUGAUCUGCUUCGACUUCGAAGGCAAGAUCAAGAAGUACAGCUCGCCAGAAGAGAUUAUCGAAGAGUUUUUCCCCGUUCGUCUUGCAUACUACCAGAAGCGCAAGGACUUCUUGGUCGAAGAGCUUCAGAGCGACUUCGAGAAGUUGACCAAUCAGGCGAGGUUCAUCUUAAUGAUUGUUGAGAAGAAGCUUGUUAUCUCGGCCAGGAAGAAGGUCGAGGUCGUCGCCGAACUUCGCAAACUUCAAUUCCGUCCAUACCCUACUGUCAAGAAAGCAAAAGUCGCCGGAGAGAACGAAGAUGUAGUCGAGGAUGAAGAAGAGGAGGAAGAACAAGAUGGGACUGAUUAUGAUUAUCUUUUGAACAUGAAGAUCUCUAGCUUGACCAAGGAAAAGAUCGAGAAGCUCCGGAAGCAAGCUCAGGAAAAAGAGAAAGAACUUCUUACCCUCCUCGAGCUCACACCUAUCCAGAUCUGGAACACUGAUUUGGACCACUUCCUUAUGGAAUGGGAGAAUUCGUACAAAGCUUGGGAGGACAAGGUCAUCGCCCCAGGUCAAGUGGCGAAGAAGGGUAAACGCAAGCAACCAACUCUAGCAGCUAUGAUGCGUCAGAAAGCGAAGAAAGAGAACGGCUCGGAUAAUGACGACGACUUCAAACCAAAGGCAGCUGCGAAGGCCAAGAAGACUGCGGCCGAGAAGCCAGCAAAAAAGCCAACUGCUGUUGUACCUACCGCAUCUAGCUCGAAGAUUGAGAUCAAGGACGAGGAUAUGGAUGACGACAAACCUGCUCCUGCACCGAGGAGGGCGGCCAAGAAGCUUGUGGUGAAAGACGAGUCUGACGAUGACUUUGACAUAAAGCCUGCUCCUGCCCGGAAGAAGGUUACGAAGAAAACUUUAUCGAUUGACGAUUCCGAUGACGAUAUCGAGGAGAAGCCCAAACCGAGAAGAGCAGCGGCCGCAAAGAAAGCGAAGGCGUCGCCCAUUGACUCGGACUCGGAUAUCGAAAUGGUGGAUGACAAGCCUAAGGCUCCUCCCAAGAAGGCAACUCCUCUGGACGAUGACUCGGAUAUUGAAGUCGUUGCUGCAGCAGCUAAGGGCAAGGGCAAGGAGAAGGCUCCAUCGAAACCUGCUUCUAAGCGCAAGAGCCCUGUGGACGAAGGGGAUGGAAGUGACGAUGACCUCUACCUGAAGCCGGCCAAAAAGCAGAAAGCCAUCGCUCAAUCGUCCGUUGCUGACUUCUUUGACAAAGUACCUGCAGAGCCAGCCCCCAAGAAGCCUGUUCAAACCGCUCGAAAACCGUCGGGAACUCGAGUCACAAGUGGCAGCAAGGCAAAGCCUGCGGCUACGGCGAGGAAGGCGGCGGCGAAGAAGGCUCUUGAGAGUGAUGAUGAUGAUUUGGAUGAUGACGCCGUCCCGCCACCUCCACCGCCUGCGCCAAAACGUUCAGAUGCUCCGAGGAGGGCUGCUGCUGCGAAGGCGAAGUACAUCGAGAUUUUGUCCAGUGACGAAGAUGAAGGUGGGAAGGACGGGUCUGAGUUCGAGGACUUCGAUUGAACGUAGAAUCUUCGGUUUCAUGUUUUAUACCCCUCUAAACAUUUCAUGACAUUUGUAACAAUUGCACGACAUUGUCACCUUUACGUUAUUCAACAGGUCUCCCUCACCUUUCGUAUUCAAUAUAUGUAACUUACGCUUAGCCUUCAUCUCCAAAUAGAAGAUCAAGCAUUAGUAUUUUGUGCAAUACUGUAAACCCUAGGGGGAAAGAGAGGUAGACUGUGACAGCAGAUACAGUAUGUAUCUAGUCUAGAUGUACUUUUUCGCCUGCUUGACUUCGGCAUAUGGGUCUGGUUUGGGCAUACGACCAAAUACAGGUUCUUCCGUUUC